AUGUCUCUUCUUAGGAGUAUCCAAGAGAUACUUGCUUCUUCAGGCAGCAUGGGGACAAUGAUAGCUUGGCUCAUCAGUUAUAAGCCAGCCUUGUUUGGGUUCUUGUUCCUUCUGCUGUUGCUUAGCAACUGGCUGGUCAAGUAUGACCGUAGGCUCGCACCGCCAAGACCCAGUCAGGACAAGCUGCUGGAGCGGCUGGUGUUCAGCGAGAUGAAGCUGAAGGUCUUGGAAAACCAGAUGUUCAUCGUGUGGAAUAAGAUGAAUCACCACAGGAGGCCAAGCCGGGGGCGGGCUUUGUCCUUGAGGAAGCAAAAGAUGAAGCGGCACCAAUCGAUUUGCUCCAUUUUCUCUCAAGACACCAGCAACUGCUUUUCCUAA